AUGAUCCCCAUAGCCACCUAUGCAGCAGAGGCUUGGUGCGAAAGGGCUAACAACUGCCACGCCAUCCGCAAGCUGCAGGCUACCCAAAGGAAACUCCUUAUUCGUAUCACCAGUGCGUUCCGCACCACCUCAAACAAAGCCCUACAGGUCUUGGCAGGAACCCUCCCCAUGGACCUCCUCGUGAAAGAAAAAGGCACCAUAUAUCUUGCCAAAUCGAAGGCGAUAUUACCUGACUUUAUUAUAACGAACGGGGCGGUGCCAGAGAGGCCGAUCCCAGUGGACAAGAAGCUCCACAUACGUAACAUCCACGCCAUAAAGGUGGUGGAGUACAAUUCAGCCCACCCGCAGCGGGUGUAUACCGACGGAUCUAAGAAUGAUGAUGGCACAGGGGCUGCCUUCGCCUACUUGAGCAACCAUAGGCUGACAUAUAGCCACAUUAAGAAGCUGCACCCCCUCUGCAGCAAUUUUCAAGCGGAAGUGCUCGCAAUUCUGUCUGCCAUCGAUUGGGCAGCAGCCUACUUCUACCGUGGGAACCUCCACAUCUGCACUGAUAGCAGGUCGGCAAUAGCCACACUGCAAGAUGUCAACAGCAGGCAUAGCCUAACAAACACGGUGUGGCGACACCUGGUAAAUAUCAAUAAAAGUGACAGAAAACUUACCAUCUCGUUCUCCUGGGUUAAAGCCCAUGCCGGUAUUAUCGGCAAUGAGGCGGCCGAUGCCCUAGCAAAAGAGGGUACAACAGCAGACAUUUCCUACUCCUACAACAGCAUUCCGAUGGCCAGCAUCAAGCACCACAUCAAGUCGUACUACUCGGCCCUCUGGCAGACCCGAUGA